AUGGUCAAGUGCAGACCCCUUGUUCAGCCAUACCCGCUUGGGACGUUGGUGAGGUUGGACGCUCUUACUAAUUUCUCUCUCUCUCUCUCAUUUCAGAUAGCCGGAGAAAUGGGCGCCAAGAUGUCUCGCCGAACUGGGCGGAAGGCCGCUGCGGCCGCGAAAGAGGCCACUCCGGAGAUUCCAGUGGACGAAACGUACGUUGACCGGGUUGCGGGUGGCGGACGGGUUGACGGGGGAAAUGACUUGGCGGGGGGAACUCCGGAACCGGAUCCGCCGGUUUCGGAACAAAAUUUAACUGGCUUUUGUUUUGACCAUUCCGUUGAACCGGCGGAUCCGGUUCUGGAAGCCCCGGUGGUAAUUGAAAUUCCUUUAAAUAAUUCUUUGGACAAUGCUACGGCGGUUCCGAUUCCGGAACCGCUCGUAGAUCAAAAUUCUUCUCUAACUAAUUUGACCAUUUCAAGGGGAAUCGAGGGCCAAAUCGAUGUGAUUUCCGUUGUUCCGAUACCGGAUCCACCGGUUACGGAGCAAAAUUUAAACGACGAUUCUUUGAAAAAUUCCGAAAGACCGGUGGAUCCGGUUGCGGAAUCAACGGUAAUCGAUUCAGUUGAAUUUUCAAAACCGCGCAGAGAACGUUAUGUUCGCAAAAUUAAUUUGUCCAUUUCAGACACUUCGGUGGGAGUUCCGGAACGUCAAAAUUCUAAAAAAUCCGUUCAAUUUUCAGAUUUAGCCCAGGUUAAAGAGUUCACAGCGUCGGAAUCUUCAAUUCCGAUCCUGUACUCGCUUUUGGUAAAAGAUCCCCCGACAACGGUCCCGGAACUGUCUCCACAAAAUUCAAAACAAAUAAAAUAUUUUUGGUGUUACACCUGUCAAAAUUUUGGAACGAACUCUUUGCCCUGGUUGCUGCGAUUGCGGUAUUCCAAAUUAUCGAUGUAUUUGCGCCAUUUGUUUUGUGGUUCGAUGUGUUGCGCGGUUAUUUGCUUGCUUGUUUUUGUUUGAAUUGUUUAAUGUUUUUUCUCGUUUCAUGAGCUGUUUCUUGUUAGGAGCGUUUUUAGCAAUUAAUGAUGACGAUUGAUGACGAUGACGAUGAUGAUUAAAUGCGAUGAAUAUUGGAUGGAUUAGUAAAAUGCUUAAUUUCUGGACUGGACUGGACGAUACUGACGGAGGGGCCUUUGUUUGAAGACUGGAGAUUUGUUAUUAAUGAAAUGUAUUUUAUU